CUGCACUACGGGACCCUCAUGGGCAGCAGAGCCUGUGUCAAAAUGGCAGCAGCUGCCUGGGCCAGUGGUUUUCUCAAUGCUCUCCUGCACACUGCUAACACAUUUUCAAUACCACUCUGCCAAGGCAACACAGUGGAGCAGUUCUUCUGUGAAAUCCCUCAGAUCCUCAAGCUCUCCUGCGCAGACUCCUACCUUAGGGAAGUGGGGAUUCUUGUGGUUAGUGCCUGUUUAUUCUUUGGGUGUUUCAUUUUCAUUGUGGUGUCCUACGUGCAGAUCUUCACUGCUGUGCUGAGGAUCCCCUCUGAGCAGGGCCAGCACAAAGCCUUUUCCAUGUGCCUUCCGCACCUGGCCGUGGUCUCCCUGUUUCUCAGCACUGGCAUGUUUGCCUACCUGAAGCUCCCCUCCCUCUCCUCUCCAGCUCUGGAUCUGGUGGUGGCUGUUCUGUACUCGGUGGUGCCUCCA